AUCGCUGCUGUGUUGUGGUUGCUAGUUGCCGUGCUGUGAAAACACAUGAGUGAGGAAAAUAGCCAAGAACUAUGGCAGACUUAUGUGUUUCUGGUUCAAUGGACAAUGCGACUAAUUUAAUAGAAGUGACAGAAUUUGGUGUCUGUCUAAAUGUAAAUAAAGAUUCACUGUCUCCUAAGAGAAAUGAGGGAUAUUAUUGUCAAGAUAUGGAUAUUAACAGGGCCAUUGUGGCAACUGCUCUCAGCGUCUUUGCCGAUAGUGGUGAUUCGGUUUUUAGCCCAGUUAAAUGUAUUGAUGUGAUCGGAUCCACUGGAGUUGCAGGCCUUCUUUGGAAAAAACAUCUUGGUGAAAAAGUGGAUGUUCACAUAAAUGAUGCUCAUGAGACAUCCCAUGAAAUAAUUUCACAGAACAGUAGAAACAAUAAUUUGGAUGUGAAUGUUCAUAAGAAAGAUCCAUGUAUUUUACUCCAUGAAAUGCCUUUCAGUUUUGUGUAUCUUGACUGUCACACUGAUGCAGCCUUUUUUCUGGAUUCAUUAAUGAGAAAUGUUGCUAAGCAGGGGCUGGUAGCAAUCUCUACGAAGGAUGAUGGGGCCCUUUAUGGGAGAACUCCAGAAAUUGCUCUUCGUAAUUAUGGUGGUACAAUUACAAGAACAUUCUAUUCUAAGGAGUUAGCAGCUCGCCUAAUCAUUGCGGGAAUGGUGAGAUCUGCAGCUAUUCACAACAAAGGUCUACAGGUUUUGUGCGUUUUAUCAGUUAAAUCCACCAUUACUAUCAUACUUCGGAUCUUAAAGGGACCAGCUCAAGCUAAUGCCUGUCUGACUAAGAUCAAGUCUCUUGUUCACUGUAGCAUGUGUGAGGAUCGAGCCUUUUAUCCUUGUUCAAUCUACCCAGUUCAAAAUCCUGAAAAAUUACUGUCUUGCAAAUGUGUUGUGAACACUCCUGGAAAGGUGAUUGUCAACCUAGGGCCUGUUUGGGCUGGACAACUUUUUAAUAUGAAUUUUAUAAGUGAAAUGAUGCACCAUCUUAAAAAGUUUCCCUGGAUGAAUAAGAUAAAAGAAACAAUGGAAGCCAUUCUAAUUGAGUCUAGGUGCCCAAAGCUACGAGGAGAAACAACUGUGGAUAAAUCAAUCCCAAGCAUUCAGGAGUCAUUACCACUGAUACAAGAUAAGGAACCACCUUGUAAGAAAAAGAAGAAAGAAGAUGCACAGAGCAACAAUUCAGAAGAACCAUGCUUUUAUUUCAACUUGCAUAAGCACUGCCCUAAAGGACCAAAAAUGGUUAAAGCUUCAAAUGUAGUUCUGUCCCUGCAAAAAGCAGGUUUCAGAGCAAGUCGCACUCACUUUGACCCUCUUGCUGUAAGAACCAAUGCUACCCUUGCAGAAUUAAUCAAUGUGAUAGCUCAUACUCCAAAAUAGACUUGUAAUCAAGUCUAGAAUACAGAUCAUCAAAGUGGCAAUGUGACAUGAAGUGUGCAUAACAUGCUUAAGUUCUUUGUGUUCCAAUUAUCACAGAGAAUGUUCAAAACUUAUAAUUUGUUGGUAACUGGGUCAUUUUCUUUGUCAUUCAAGUAUUUUAUAAUUUUCUGGGCCACUGCUUUGUAAGACUUCGCCUAGUGAGAAAACAUUACUAAAUCACUGAGAAAUGUUUGUUACCUCAGAUGCAGGGUUCACUGAUGUAACGUAAUAGGUACUGCUGUUUUGCCACAGAUUUCUUGAGUAUAAGGUAUUCAAGAAAAUGUCAGCAGAACCUAUUUGGUUAAUUCUCAAACCCUGCCUUAAAAACUAGUCAAUUUCUCUUACCUGUGGACUUUCUUGUGAAGCUACUACUACAGGAAUACCAUUAUCAGACCCUUGGCUAAUAUCAUUAUCUAGUGGAAUAUCAGCUAGCACUGGCACUCCUGGAAUGUAAAAAUGAAAUUUUCAUUGCAUAUUGAAAAAGUCAGAAACAUUAUUAUUUUUUUAAAUCAUUUGGAAAGGUAGUGUAAAGCAAUAACUAACCCAGAUUUUCCAGCAGUAAAUUAGCUGCUUUGCUAUGAAGGCGUACUUCAUUCUGGCAUUUGGGACAUUCCACCGAGGUCAUAUUUUGGAUUAUUCCUAAAACUGGUAUAUCAAGUUUUUUAAACAUGUUGGCCCCUCUCUGAGUCACUUGUAAUGCAGCUGUUUGAGGUGUAGUCACCAAGAGAGCUCCUAAAAACAAUGCAUUAGAAACAACAAUUAUAAAUUCACACAUCAUGCAAAGCAAAAAUCAAUUAAACUCGAAUCACCUGAGA